CGAAUUGUUCUACCGCGUAAACCAUUAAUGGACGGUACAUUGGGAUGGCAUUAGGACGUAAAAAUGCUACUCGUCUACCUCCAGAGGUAAAUAGAAUCUUGCUGGUAAAAAACCUACCCUACAACAUAUCAGCGGAAGAGAUGUAUGAUAUUUUCGGCAAGUAUGGUGCUAUUCGUCAAAUUCGCAUCGGUAACACUCCUGAAACGAAAGGAACCGCUCUAGUUAUUUAUGAAGACAUUUUCGAUGCUAAGAACGCUUGUGAUCACCUCAGUGGCUUUAACGUUUGUAACCGAUAUCUCGUAGUUUUAUACUACCAGAGAAACAAGCAAUUUAAGAAAACUGAUGUAGAUAAAAAGAAAGAAGAAUUAGAUCGAUUGAAGGCAAAAUAUGGAUUAAAUACUCCAAAAAUGAAAUGAUUCAUUUUACAAUGGUGAUGUUUUCUCCCACUAGACGUUAUUUAAUCCUUGUGCAAAUGAAAUGUGUAA